AUGGUAAUAUCUCGACACAACGAAUAUCUGGAAGAAGUAGUUCCAGAUUAUGAAAAAAGAUGUCCCAAACAAAGCGACUUCAGGCCAAUAACCUGCAUGUUAAACCUUUACAAGUUGACAACGAAAUGUGUGGCAGGAGUCAUACAACUAGGUACUACCACGAGAAAACUACUUGGAGAUAACCAAUUAGGAACUGUUGGAAAGGUCCAAGGUGCGAAAGAGCAGGCACUCUUGAAACUGGCAGUUUCUGCGAAGCAUUACCCCCAGAUGGUCGGUUACAAUGAUAAACAAUGGGGAAAAAAAAUACAGCGGGCAAUCCUCCAAUGUGAGGGAUACUCAAAAAUAACGGUUCUAACUGAUCAAGGAAUACGUAUAAUGAUACAUUUAUUAUUUGUAGAUGAUCACGAGCUCCUUGCUACCGAUGUGGAUGUCAUGCAAUAUGUGGUAGAAAAAGUUCAUAGAGAGGCUGUACCAGCUAAAGGACGAGCUAGGACGUGA